GCAGUCAGGAUCCAUCCGCAUCCAGUGGUCGGAUGGGGUGACGCCCCUCGAUGGGAUGGAAAACUUUUUAAUAAUUAGAUCAUCUAUUGGUCUGGUCUGUAUGUAGAUUAGCAAUUAGCCGGCCAAUCCUAACGAGGCUGAUCAUAGCCCGGCAUUCCGUCUACACGUACACAACUCCAUACUGACGAAAUUUCAUUCUCGUACUCAUAUUUGAAUCGCGAGAGUGUAUGUGUGUAUGUCAGCGUUAACUACGCAACCUAGCGCUGGUGCGCACUUGCCUAUAGAGCGUUAUCUAUCCCUUCCCCUUAUAACACUUAUUCUUUAAACUUUUGAUGGAUUGCCGUAGUUAGGACGCUAAGGACGAACGUUUAAAUGAGCCGGCCAAACAAGCGCAAUAUACGCAGCCAAACCCGAUGGAAAGUUGUAGUUAGUUGCGAGUCUCGGAUGUACAUAUUGUCUGCUGGGACGGGAAACACACAUUCUGAUUGGAAGGGAAGGAUCCUUCACCGAAACAUCGAGCGCCUGGUUCGUAUAUUUGACCAGAGAUCUCCACCCACAGCUGUGGCCGAUUCCCGCGUUUCUCCAAUAAGAAAAAAUAUCGGAGAAGACCGAUAAGUUAGUGGAAAAGCAGCGCGGCUUUGGGUUGGAGUCGGUUUGGGAUGAUCCGCUGAUCAAAGCGAAGUAAUGGAAACCGAAACCGCUGCUCUACCGGUAUGCCUCCCAUUCCUCUCGUGCAGCUAUUCCCCGUACAUGAACGGUGACAACGGCAGUAGUCCGCUGCCUUGUGACGUAGCAGCGGCAGAUACGGCAGAUAACGAAGCCGUGUCAUCUGUCCCCACCAAUGGGUCAUCGGUCGACGUUGGCGACGUGUCGGUGGAACGGUGUAAUGGCCUGUCACCUGUGGCGACAAGUGGUGAGGAUAGUGUGCCUUUCAAGUGCCAUUCCAACGGGACUUCUUCGGCCUUCGAGGGGAAGGUGGUGGCUAAUCCGGACGGUGUCAUCUGCUGUAUGCAGGACGGUGAGGACAUCCUGGACCUCUGGCCAUGGUCCCCGAAUUCCUAUCAAUAUUCUUCCGAAUCAGCAGCAUCCCCGAGCAUUCCUCCGACCCUGUAUCCGUUUGAUUUUCUCCUCAUCGUGCAGCGGGGCACGGUGAGUUAUUUUAGAUGUUGUUUUCCUAAUGGGCAUCUUCCAGCCUCCACGGUGUUGGAGCGCUACCGGAGGCUUCCGCUGCCAAUCUCCACUGGUGAAUCUCAGCUUGUCUUCAUGUGUUUGCUAUGUGAUUGCCAAACCCUGGCGAACCACGAAGCGUUUGUUCAGCAUGGCGAAGCGCAGCAUGACCUUUCGGUUGAUCUGGAGGACUGCGGUGGAAUCAUACAGAAAGAUGCUAAGGGCACGAUCGUCGUGACGAAACUCUUGUCACUACGCGCAAUAGACCGAUUACCAGAAGUAACCGUCAAAACGGAAGAAGUAGCGUUGAAAACCAAUGGCUUUAAUGAUGGCGAUGAUUCGGAUCAUUCGACGCAUUCCUUUCCUGAGGAUCUCACCCAGCCGACUGACAGUGAUCUGAACACCGCGAAAUCAAGUAGCGUUGAGUGUCCCAAGUGUGAUAUUGUUCUGGGCUCCAGCAAAUCGCUAGGCGGACAUAUGACCAUGGUCCAUUCGCGGAAUUCGUCAAAGAAACUGAAAUGUCCCAAAUGCAACUGGCACUACAAGUACCAAGAAACAUUGGAGAUCCAUAUGAAAGAUAAACACCCAGAAUCAGAAGAGACAUGUCCCUACUGCCUGACCAAUCAGCCGCAUCCUCGACUGUCCCGCGGGGAAGUCUACAAUUGCGGCUAUAAACCGUUCCGUUGUGAAACCUGUAAUUACUCCACGACGUCGAAAGGAAACUUAACCAUUCAUAUGCAGUCUGAUAAGCAUGUGACCAACGUCCAAGAACGACAGAAAAAUGGCGGUGAGAACGGAGGAAAUGCGGAGAAUAACAGUAACCUGAAUAAUAUUGUCCCCGAUGAACCGCCGGUAAUUCAACGCUCCGCAUCUACCAGUUCGGCACAGCGCGAACCGUUCCGGUGCGAAGUAUGUGGUUAUGAAACCCGCGUCCAGCGCAACCUGCGGAUUCAUCUUACCAGUGAAAAACACCAACAAAACCAGGCUUUAUUUUUCCAGUCGCAGAUGGGCAACAUUCAUCCCAAUAUGGCAGCGGGUUUGUUGGAGGGCAGUCCGUUAAUGUUUAUGAAUAUGAAUCCGGAGAUGAUGGGUCAUCAUCCGCUGUACAUGAUGGGCAUGCCGGCACUGAUGGUCGAUGCCGGACAGUCGCGCCCGGUGGAUAAGAUCCCCGAGAAUGCCAGGACACUGCAGUGCCUAGUGUGCUCCGUGUUUAUGGUGGAUUCCUAUGAAGAACUGCGCGAACAUGUGACCCGUGACCGGACUGAUAGUCGGGAGCAGUCGGAUAGCCUAAUUAUUAAUGGGCAGUUGUCAAUGUGUAAAUACUGCCCGUACAAGACCCCCUUGAAAGCCAACUUCCAACUGCACUGUAAAACGGAUAAACACAUACAAAAAAUGCAGCUGGUCAAUCAUGUACGGGAAGGCGGGGUGGACAAUGAAUGGCGGCUGCAGUAUCUUAACACCAGUAAUCCAGUUCAGGUCCGCUGUAAUGCAUGUGAUUACCAGACCAGCAGUCUUCAUCAGCUCCGUAGUCAUUUGGAAAACAAUCAGCAGCACGAAGUUAAUGUGGCGGCCUUAGUGAAAUUGCACGACCUUCAAUUAGACAGUGGUGCAGCCAGUGUUAAUGCAGCGGCAGCUCGGGAAAAUUUGCUUAAUGCCUCAUCAGCUUUAAUUCCCUCGUCAUCAUCGGCGUCGUCAACAUCAACACGGAAAUGGAAAUUAUUCUGCUCACUGUGCACUUUUACCGCUAAAUACCAAUCAGUUUUCAUGCAGCAUGUCCGCAGUGCUGGGCAUUGGAAUCAGUGGAAGCAGCACCAACUCGAUGCACAACAGCACUCUGAUUUAGCUUACUUCAUUACGGUUAAGCCAGCAGAGAGCGAUUUGGCUAACCGGAAACCGGCGGGAAAUCUUCAUAACGGCGGAAGCCAGCCGGACUACAGUGAGUUCGAAGAGGAGUCCGAUGAAGAUAACGCUGACGAUAUCGAAAGAGAUAAUGGUCAUCAGUACUCUCCGUCAGAAUUGGAUGACAGCCUGAAUCCGGAUUCCGAUCGUUCCUCCAUGCUGCAGACAUUCACGUGUCCACUGUGUCAAGAAGCCUAUCCAGAGCGGAACCGACUGGAAACCCAUCUGAUCAGCAAGCACAACGUGCAUGCUGAAGCGCUGGAGCGUCUGAUGAUGCUGGUGGAAACGAGCGGUAUCUGGAAUAACGGUAAUCGGCGUUGCGCUCGGGGCAGCGGUUCACGCGAUGUCUCGCCCAGCUCCUCGGAUACCGACACCAAGAUGUUGUCCGGUGGACCCAGCGGGGAUGGGGGCGACGUGUACCGGUGUCAGAAAUGCGCCAUGACCUUCAAUGAUAUUGAACAGCUGUAUCAGCACCAGAACACCACCGGACAUCUGGAGUUAACCCAGACGCCCCGGGGACCCGGUUAUCUGUGCUGGAAGAAGGGAUGUAAUCAGUACUUCAAAAGCGCCACUUCCCUACAAAUUCACUUUCGGGAAAUUCAUGCACGGAAGACCGGUGGAGAAAGGAUGGAUGUGGAUGAUAUUGGCGGAGUUGGUGAUGAGAAUUCUCUCGGUGAGGAGAUAGAAGAUGAGAUGAAUACCCAGGCCCUGGCGGAGAACGGCUAUCGUGAUCAACAACGGAAGUACAAGUGUCACCGGUGUAAAGUCGCCUUUACUAAGCAGAUCUAUCUGUCAGCGCACAAUAAGACGCCGCAGCAUCGGAAGGGCGAGAAAUGUAACACAUCCAUGGAGAAGUAUCAGGAUCCGAAUCGGCCGCAUAAAUGCGAGGUAUGUAAGGAAUCCUUCACGCAGAAGAAUAUCCUCCUGGUGCAUUAUAACUCGGUGGCACAUUUACAUAAGAUGAAGAAGUAUCGAUUGGGAGGCGAUGGGAAGUUGGAGAAUCUUGGAAUUCUGGAGCUGACGCCCCCACCCGCACACCCGGUGACCUCAUCGUCGUCCUUGAUCCCCACAGCCGUCAGUGUCCGGAAGAAUACGUUUGAAGAUGAAAAUAAGCCAUACCGGUGUGCGACCUGUCAAGUGGCAUACGCUAGUAAAUCCAAUCUGGAUAUUCACUGGCGAUCGGUGGCGCAUCAGAGCCGGUUGGCGAAAAGUCAACAAUCAGUGGUGAUGGAUCUCUCCAAACCCGAUGACCCCGCCGCUCCCAAGGCCGCCACUUCGCCUGAGCGCCGACCAUUACCAGCGGUCCCGGUACAAAAGGAGGAGAUGGUUAAUCCUGAACAGCGAAAACCCCGGUCACUUCCCGCAGUGGAUUCCCCACGAGCGUCGAUUCGUCCGGCAGGCCGCGGCCGUGGAAGUUAUGGUUGGGCGUCGAUGCUGGAAAAUAUCGGGGUAGAGAUGGUGCAACAGUUUUUAGAGAAUGGUCAAAAACCGGUGAAGAAAGCGCGGGAUACGAUGCUCGAACCGGUGGAAGAUGAGAAUCGACGUCCACCGUCCACUGCGGAGAAUGAGUGCUCCACAUGUCAUAAAGUUUUUUCGUCGCCGUGGAUUUUGAAAGUCCACCGCGAGUCGGCCCAUGUGGAUAUUGUUCCCAUUAAGAUACUGGAGACUGUAGCGGCAGAGUACCGAAAAGUGUUCGCUGAAAAAGCCAAACCGAAGCCCAAAGAGGAAAGCAGCCAGCCGCCGGUUAAAUGCUCACCGGAAGCGCCACUAAAGAAAGUGUCUGCGCAGUCCAACAGUCCGGUGCCACCGGCGAAUUAUUCGGCUGAUCUGCUAGCGGCACAGAUGCAGUUGCUGCCGCUAUUGUAUCCGGGUGUUGGCGGAAUCGGUAUGAUGGGUAUGCAGGCCAUGAUGAAUCUCCAACCACCUUUAAUUUCACCUAAUGUGAACUAUCCGGGUUUGACCGGUUUUGAAGCGUUGAACCUGUCGGAAUUAAGCAAAUCCGUGGGGAUGCAGAAUUCUUCGUCGAAACUGUUGGAUUUACAAUCAGGACAGAAGCGCAAUCGUACGCGCAUCACGGACGAGCAACUGCAAAUUCUCCGAGCGAAUUUCGAUAUCCGCAAUCCACCCAGUGAUGAACUACUGCAGCGGUUGUGCGAACAGACCGGGCUGGAACUGAAAGUAGUGAAGCACUGGUAUCGGAAUACGCUGUUCAAAGAACGCCAGCGCAACAAAGAUUCCCCAUAUAAUUUCAGUGUCCCGCCCAAUCCGGUGGGACUGGAAAUGGAAACCGAUGAGAAAGUAGAAGAAAAGGGGCACCGGGUUGCGUCUCCAACGGAAUCGGCGCCUGCCUUACCCGGUGUGGUGGUAAAGGAGGAGAAGAUGGACGUGGACGAGCCCCGAGAGAAACCGGUGACGAUUAAUGUGGUUAAGCGCGAGGAAAGUGUCGAUUCGAUUGACAGCAGACGAUCGCCCGCGGAUCUACGACUGCAGGCGUCGCUGACACCUUCACCGACACCGGGCAGUAGUAUGCCGUCGUCGUUGGUACCACGCGACGAUCGACAUGCCGGCAAGCGUGCUAACCGAACAAGAUUUACCGAUUUUCAGGUGAAGGCCUUACAAGAUUACUUCGACAAAAAUGCCUAUCCCAAAGACGAUGACCUGGAAGAUCUCAGCCGCGCUCUUGGCCUGUCGCCCCGCGUUAUUACCGUAUGGUUCCAAAAUGCCCGUCAGAAAGCCCGCAAGACAUACGAAAAUCAGACUCCUCCCGAAGAAGAAGUUCCCAUUAUUCGGACGCCUAGUUUGAAUUAUCAAUGUAAACGCUGUCUGCAAGUAUUCCAACGCUAUUAUGAAUUGAUCAAGCACACGCGCUCGCAUUGUUCGGGAACAUCGGCCGGACUUGGUAGCGGUGGAAGUAAGGAUGUUGAUGAUACCAACAGCAUCGCGUCAACCAGUUCGGCGGUGUCUGGUAAAAUCGGCGGUCAGAAUAAGAAUGAAACCCUAACUGCACAGCAGCAACAGAAGCUGUGGGAGGCCAGUAUGGGUGUAUCCGGCGUUGGACAAAUGCUGGGAGUGCCGCCCUUCAUCUUCCCAGGCGCAGCUGGGUUAUAUCCGCCGAACAGUCCCUUUGGAAUUCUGCAAAUGGAAGCGAUCAGCAGUCGUGGUCCACAAAGCGGUUCUACAUCUCCUUUUGCCAAAAAGCGCAGCGCAUCAUCAGAUGAAGAAGAGGACGAAUCCCCGAAUAAUAAACGAGUACGGACUACUAUCCAGCCGGAACAACUGGACUAUCUGUACCAGCAGUACAAAUUAGAUAGCAACCCUAGUCGGAAACAACUGGAAAUCAUCGCCGCAAAGACGGGAUUGAAAAAACGAGUAGCGCAAGUGUGGUAUCAGAACACACGCGCCCGUGAACGGAAAGGUCAGCUGCAUUUGCAGCAAUUGAGCAUCAGUAAGCGGUGUCCGGUUUGUCGCCGGCAUUUCAAAGUGCGCAGUGCUCUGGAAUCGCACAUCUCCGUGAAGCACGCGGACGUUUACUGCAAAGGCGAUGUCAAUAUUGAUGAACUACCCGAUACGGACUCAGAAUCCAACGAUGACCGCUCUGGCACGUCCAGUCCGGUGCCGCCGACAUCGGCACGUCGGAGAAACAUGGAGAUGGCCGCCAGUUUGACCGGUCAGUCACCAUCGACCUCAACGGCCUAUCUGAAUAAUAUGAACGAAUCCAUGGUGAAAUAUUAUGGAGAAACUGUCAAGAAGUAUCUGCAGAACAAACCGGAAUUGGCGACAAUGCCGUCGUCUUUACAGAGUAAUGGUCUACAAGAGAAUGUGAAACCAUCUUCUGGCUUCGCUGGGGAAUCCCCCCUGGACCUGUCUUCAGCCCAACCUAAAGCGCCAUCCCACUAUUUCCACCGCGAAUCAUCCGGCAGCGGGGGAGCAGGAGAAAGGGAUUACGACAGCCACGCAUCUUCACCCGAGCGCUCCCUCAGCUCCAGCGCGCAUCACCAGCAUGGCAAACCGGGCAAACGUUUCCGUACCCAGAUGUCCAAUGCCCAACUGAAAGUCAUGAAACGUCUUUUCGCCGACUACAAAACCCCGACGAUGGGUGAGUGCGAUCUUGUCGGCCGGGAAAUCGGUCUUCAGAAACGCGUGGUGCAAGUGUGGUUCCAAAAUGCCCGGGCCAAAGAGAAAAAGAACAAAAUGCCGGGAACACCGGACAAUACACCGGUGCCAGAUCGUUGCACACUGUGCAACGUGGUUUACACACCCAAACUGACCCUACAGGAUCAUUUAUUUACCAAAGGUCAUCUGGAAGUACUAAAGACAGUGGAGGAGUGCACCGAUGGACCGGCAAUCAGUACGCCGAUGGUCAGCGCACCGCGAGACCGCGGCCAGCUUCCUUCCCGGAAGCAUGUUGAGGUGGAGCGUAAAGCGGCAGAGUUUGAAGGAAAAAAGGCGGGACAUGGAAAAGGUGAAGCAUCGUCGACGGCCGGGCAGGGACAAGUUCCCGUGGCUGGAUUCGGCGAUCUGGGUGCACUGAUGAUGAGCGAUCCCAGUAUGGCUAUGUAUGCGGCCAUGUAUGCCUCAGCUAUGAAUCCUUAUUACAAUCCUGCUGCAGGAAUUCCUGGAAUGUUACCCUAUGGAGGUUUCGGGGCCUUUUACGACCCGAGUAUCCAGGGUGUGCCAUUGGGCGGACUGAGUCUGCCAUCCGGUGUGCCAGAACUGAUAUUUGCCAAAUUAAAUGACCGUGCCUCGUCGUCAGGCGGAAAUAGUGUGGCUUUUGGACAGGACGGCAAACGUUUAAGCGAUCUCAAAGAGUGUAUCUCCGCUCAUGAUUUUACGUGUGCCACAUCGAAACAAAGUGAUAUUGGUACCGUGUGUCGCAAGUGCCAACUGGUAUUUCCAACGGAAGAUAACUGUACGGCGCACCAGGCUGCCUUGUGCUAUCCCGGUACUAAAACAGCCAAGAAUGUUCUCAAGCUGAUGCAGAUUUACUUCCACUGCAUAGCUUGUCAGAAAUCUUUCCCGACAGUUGCGGAAUUCCGUAAUCACUGCAAUUCUUCCACGCAUCACAAGAACCGGCAAGAGAAGUCGGGUCUUCCUAUCAAGCGUCCUUCGUUAUCAGCCAGUGAAUCUGCUGACAGACUGGGUCAUGUAUAAAUGUUGUUAAUCGCUUCGAUGUGGAGGAUCUGAUGUCGCUCCACUACCGUGCUUUGUGCGUCUGUCUCUCCUUAAUCUCCUUGGUUUUUCCGUGACCGCUCUUUUUCUCUGUGAACCGCAAUCUCUUAAACAUAAUCAGCACAACCAAUCACGCGAAUCUUCCUCCUGGCUUCCUUUUCCCCCAUUUGUUUGAAGAUGCUUUGUGGAUGUGUGAUGGGAGUCAUUCUUGUGAGUUAUUUCAUGGUGGAGAGGAACGACGAGCAGCACUAGCAUCUCUGUUCCUUUUUGAGUUUUUGUCUUGGUUUUGUUUUGUUAUAAAUUUUUUCUCCGUUACUUUAUUCCUCCUUCUCGCGCAGCCAAAUCGCAAGGCAAUAAUCUCACAGUUACGUGGCAGGUUUUUAGCUCAUUUAAUGGGCGCUUCUCCUGUAUGUAUAUAUAAAAUGGAAUUUCAUUUUUUAAUUAUUGAAUAAAUUUUAGUUUACUUUGUCGCUUUGUUUAUGCCUCGGUGUUUUAUUUGUGUCUGUGUCCCAACUCCGGUCGUCUGCAGUGCCCUUAUGUUAGCGGAAGCUACAUAAAUCCCCGUACGGAUGGAUGGAAAUAUAAUCUUUUGGACAAAUCUCGGUGCAUGCAUACUGUAUAUUUGGAUACAAUUAUGAGUGGACAGUAUGGAUCUUGUUGGAUUGGAGUUUUUGUUUGUUUUCCUGUCAGAUCCGAUUUUCUCUUCCUGAUGUUAGAUAUCUCCUUUGGUUUUAGCAAAGCAUUUAUUUGCGCCAUUUCCUUCUUACUAAAAUUCCAGUAAUGAUGUUGAAAAUGUAUGAGCUGGUUUAAUUAAUUAAACAGAUAGCCAUUG